ACUUUCUGCCUGUGCUGCCUUUUCCCAGGGGCUCCCCUGUCGCCCUGGAGCUCGAGGACACCCUCCUCACCUCUGUUGUUCUCCCCCAGUUCCUGAGAGGACCAGCACCAUCACCCUUCAGGGGCGAAGAGACCAUAAGAGGAAGGGCUGGCAGAGCACUGUGGGGAGCUUCAAGGAGGAGAUCGCUCGGAUUGGCAUGGAAAUGGAACCUCUCAUCUUGGAGCCAGGAGCGCUUCUUCUUAAACAGCUGGCUGAAUCUGACAAAGACAUCAACAGCCUCUUCAGAAAGGUGGAAAACGACGACAACCUCGAAGACUACACCAUCCAAACCCUGUUGGAGCUGUGGGAUCAGGUGGCCAAGAAGUUCCUCCUCCAGAAGCAGGGGAUUAAGAAGCUGGAUGAGACCCUGCUCUCACUUGAGUUCUCCCGAGCAGACAAGCUAAAAAGCGUGUUGAAGAAAUACGUGGAAAUCAUAGAGAAAACUUCCUGUCUCAUGCAGCCCAAUAUGUACAGGCUGAUAAAUAAAGAAGCCAUGUGAGUUCAUGGCCAGUGAGAGGAUCCAGGCUCCUCCAGCCGUGAAGAACGAGCUGGAGAGCAUGCUGAAGAACCAGGAGGCCCUGCAGCGCAAGCGGCUGGAGCAUCUCUGCGCCAUCUGUGACCUUCUGCCUCCCGGUUACAGCAGAGCUCAGCUGGCCGAAUGGCGUUCCUCUCUCAACUCCCUGAACAAGCACCUCGAAGCAGCUACUGGACUGGAAAGCCUUCACGGAGGAGGAGGCAGAGAGCCUGGUGAGCCCGUCCUUCUUGCAGAUGGUGGGAGCGCUCCAGAGCAAGGUGGAGGAGGAGCUGGAAGGCCUGGAUAUGCGUAGCCGGGGACCCACACAGCUGGGCAGCAGGGCAGGCGUCACCCUGGCACUGGGCUAUGAGGAGAAUGGGAGUCCGGGUGCCUCCAACUUUCCUGUCACUAGUGCGUUCAUCUCCCUCAUCAUGGCCAGCCCCUCUGGAGCAGUCCCUCUGUGCCAGGCACUCCAG